CUCAAGAGAGACGCAGCAUACUUUUGCCGAGGAUGUGUGGUCGUUGGGAACAACACUGUAAUUAAUCAUUUGGGUUUGAGUGAAAUGGGGCAAAAGAAUUGCAAGUUAAAGCCUGAAUUAGUCACCGAACUGGUUCGCAAAACCUAUUUCAGCGAGAAGGAAUUACAACAAUGGUAUAAAGGUUUCCUCAAAGACUGUCCAUCGGGCAACCUUAAUGAAUUGGAGUUCCAGAAGAUUUAUAAACAGUUCUUUCCGUUUGGCGAUCCAUCCAAGUUUGCCUCUUUUGUUUUCAACGUAUUCGACGAAAAUAAGGAUGGAACCAUUGAAUUUAGAGAGUUUAUUUGUGCUCUGUCAGUAACCUCAAGAGGAAGUAUUGAUGAAAAACUGCAGUGGGCUUUUAAGCUGUAUGACUUGGAUGAUGAUGGUUAUAUAACUAAAGAGGAAAUGCUUCAUAUAGUGGAUUCAAUUUACAAAAUGGUGGCCACCAUGGUAAAGUUACCUGAGGAUGAAGAUACUCCAGAAAAGAGAGUGAAUAGAAUUUUUAAUCAAAUGGAUACUAAUGCUGAUGGCAAGUUGUCAAUGGAGGAAUUCCGUGAGGGCUCCAAGUCUGAUCCAUCAAUUGUACAGGCACUGUCACUGUAUGAUGGACUGGUGUAAAGAGUUCUUACCUGAACCAUACCCUCUUGUUGUUUCCCAUGUGACCCUUGCAUGCAAAUGCACUUCACACAUCAAGUGUGUGGUCUUGGCUCACCUGGAUAACAAACACAAUGACAGUGUUAUGUUACUCUCAACACUAAGUGCCCUUUCAUUUGGUGUAUUAAGAGCACUGCACAUGUCCAUCAGCACAGCUUAUACUGAUUGCGCAAACCCUUAUACUGAUUGAGCAAACCCUGCUUUCUGCUAUGCACCACCAAAAUUAUAAUACAUGUACAUCAAAGGUUGCAAUUUUGUUAAGUACCUGAGCACAAUACUGUCUGGUAAAUAGUGAAUGAUAUGCAUGUAAUAACAGUCCAAAUUUAAAAAAUAGCCAAAGAUUCCUUUAGAUAAUGAGUGACAGCACCGCACAUAAAACAUACUUAGUUGAUUUUUACAAAGAAUGAAAGGUAGUAGUUAUCAAAUCCAGUUGAGGAAACACAGGCUUUCUCUUCCCACCCUUUCAACCAAAAAUUGAUAGGGCUGCUAACAUAGUUAUGUAACCAUAGUUCAUGGGUUCUUCAUUAUCAAAUGAAGAGGCAAGAGAAGAGUGUAAAAGAACAGGAGGAGAAUUCUUCAUGUCUGAGUAUAAAAAAAGCACAGGUCAUCCGGGUGAAAUCAAAGAAUUAUGUACAAAAGCUGGAGAGUUCUUUGAUCUCUGUUAGCAAAUAAAGACAAUUCGUAAUUAUAUAUUUAGUCUCAUGUGGUCACAGAGUAUGUUACCAGGAGCAUGACCAGCAACACCUAUGCUAUCAUUCAUUGCUGUCCUGCAAAAAUCAGAAGUCCAGCACACUGUAAAAAUACUUAGAACUAGAGGUCUCCAUCUGCAUGCUUCAAAUUCACUGUGUCAGCUAUGAAUUACGCUUGUUAAGUAGUUUAUAAUCUACAAUUAGUAAUAUAUUUUUGUAAAGAUCUGUUACAAUCAUUAAAUUAAACUAUUAGUAAUAACCACAAAAAUA